AACAAGCUAUAAACCUUAUUUAUGUGGACACAUCAACUGCGAAGCUGAUUUUUUUUUGUUUUAGUGUACGCCUGUGUGAGAAAUUUAUUAACUCAUAAAUUUAUAUUUCCUCUUUCUUUUGUUUUCUCUUUCAACUCUUUUUUUUUUUCAUAAAGUAACUUUUUAUUUUUUUACAUAUUUUUUUCGACAUGAGUUAUUCUAAAGUUGAUGAUAUUACUGUCGGCAUUGCCGUUCGUGGAGUUCAAGCUUCGUACGCGAAAGAACUAGAUAUCAGUAAGGAUAUCCCACACGGCUUUUACGAAACAAUGAUGACUUGUAUUGGUAACACGAUUGGAUUUGCUGGAUCUUUCCCUUGCAUUGUUUGCUGCCCUAAUCCUUAUCAUAAGGUACAACAGGGUAAUGUUGGACUUGUCGAAAAGUUUGGUAAAUUUUACAAGUGCGUCGAUCCAGGCCUUGUCAAAGUCAAUCCUGCCACCGAAAACCUGAAAAAGAUCGAUAUUACAAUCCAGGUCACAGAAAUCCCCAAACAAGAUGUCAUCACAAAGGAUAACGUCAGUGUAAACUUGGAGUCUGUGGUUUACUGGCAUAUCGUGGAUCCAUAUCAAGCUGUGUAUGGCGUUACAGAUGUUAAUUAUGCUUUGAUUGAAAGAGCAAGUACCUCUUUACGUGAUGUGUGUGGUGGACACUCUGUACAAGAUCUUAUUGAAAACAGAGAAGCUAUCUCUGAAGAACUGCAUGAAAUUAUUGGCCCGAUCGCAAAGAGCUGGGGUGUCAAGAUUGAAUCCACACUUGUCAAAGAUAUCACUCUUUCCCAACUUCUUCAAGAAUCCCUUUCAUCAGCCGCACAAGCUAAAAGAUUGGGUGAAUCAAGAGUUAUUACAUCUAAAGCAGAAGUCGAGGCCGCAAAAUUAAUGCGUGAUGCUGCUGAUAUUUUAAGCACACCCGCAGCCAUUCAAAUCCGUUAUUUGGAAACUCUUCAAUCUAUGAGCAAAAAUAGUUCAGGACCAAAGACAAUAUUCGUUCCUCUUCCUCCAAACCAGGUUGACACAAGCCAUUAAUUCUUCUUUUUAUUUUUUUUUCAAAUAUGCGCCCUUAAUAUACUCUUAAUAUAUAAUUUAACAAAUAAACAAGCCAUGUCAUCUUAAUCCUGUCAAU